AUCACCAGCUGAGAGGAGAUUUCAGUGAUUUUAGCAAGUCUCCCAGAAAACGCCGGAAAAUGAACUUGGGGCGCCUCAUUUCCAAUGCAACCUCCCUGAUAAGUAAUAUCUCCUCCGCCUCGCUGAACACCGUCCGGGAGAUGUCAUCUUCGCUCUAUCGAUUGCACAGGUUGGGACCCCACAAGAAGGUGAGACCAGCGCGCCAACCACUGGACGGAAAACCCUUUGCCAAGGGUGUGAUCCUCAAGACCCUCAUCAAGAAGCCGAAGAAGCCCAACUCCGCCAACAGAAAAUGCGUCCUGGUACGCCUCUCCACGGGCAAGGAGCUGGUGGCCUACGUGCCAGGCAUCGGUCACAAUCUGCAGGAGCACAACAUCGUGCUGUGUCGUGUUGGGCGACUCCAGGACGUGCCUGGCGUGAAGAUCGAAUGCGUCCGGGGUGUUUAUGAUCUGCCUCAUGUCAAGAAAUAGUAGUUUUUUUUAUUGAAUUGUGCAAAAAAGAGUUACUUAUAGAAA